AUGCAGGCUGCUAAACCCUUCAUUCUCUUCUUCAAUCCAGUCAGGCAUGCCAAAGCAGUGUACAAGAAGCUGGAGGAAGUCGCUCGAGUCGAGGUGGUAACAAGCACCAGCAGAGAGCAAUUUUUCAAGGAUGUUCAGGAUAAGUACAAGGACAUCCGUGUAAUCUACAGGACUUCAGCAAGUGGUGCUGUUGCUGGAAACUUUGAUUCCGAGUUUAUUAAACGGCUUCCCCCAAGCUGUAAGUUCAUUUGUCAUAAUGGAGCUGGUUACGAUCAGAUUGACCCCAAAGCUUGUGCCGACCGUGGAAUUACCCUAACAUAUGCACCUGACCCCGUCACCAACGCAACAGCUGACUUGGCUGUAUGGCUAUUGUUGGGUUCAUUGAGACAAUUGAACCCGGCCCUCAACUCUUUGCGCCAAGGCAACUUCAAAACGGGCAUUGACUUUGGUCGCGAUCCCGAGGGAAAGACUCUUGGUAUCUUAGGUAUGGGGAGGAUUGGCCGCGCCAUCAAAUCGCGGUGUGAACCCUUUGGCAUUGUCACGCAAUAUCACAACCGCUCCGAAUUGAGUCCUGCCGAGGCGGCUGGGGCCAAAUACGUUUCUUUUGAUAAGCUGAUUGCCGAAAGCGACAUCAUCAGUAUCAAUGUCCCUCUAAAUGCUGAGACAAGGCAUCUGAUCAACGCGGAAGAGAUCAGCAAGAUGAAGGAUGGCGUCAUCAUCAUCAAUACAGCUCGAGGUGCCAUCAUUGACGAGAGUGCACUGGCUGAUGCCCUGGAUUCAGGUAAAGUCGCAUCUGCCGGCCUAGAUGUUUACGAGCAUGAGCCUCAAAUUAAUGAGCGUCUCAUCAAGAACGAACGGGCACUGCUCGUGCCGCACCUGGGAACGCACACAAUUGAGACUUUGACCAAGAUGGAAUCAUGUGCCAUGGAAAAUGCACGUCGAGCUGCGCUGGGACUGCCGCUAUUGACGCCUGUACCAGAGCACGCUGAGAUUCAGUCUGCUAGGUCUUGA